AUGGGCUGGUCUGCCUGUGUGUGGGGCUGCCUGGGGGCCGGCACUAAAGAUGCCUCCACAGGUGGCCCCGCUGGCCCUGCAGAGCCCCUGGCCCCAGCAGAGCUGCCCAACUGCUGUCUCCUGUGGGACUUGGUGUGCUCAAAUCGCUGGAAGGUGCCACUUGAACAGACCACCUACCUGCUGGGCUGGCUCAGCGGCUGCAUUGUGCUCGGUUUGGCCUGCGACAGGUUUGGCCGGCGUGCCACCUUCGUGUUCUCCCUGGUGCUGGCGCUUCCCCUGGGCAUCGGUGUGGCGCUGGCGCUGAAUUACGUGAUGCUGCUGUCUCUGCGGCUCCUCCUUGGUGCUAUGCUGGCUGGCACCUUCCUCUCCCUCUACGUCGCAAGGCUGGAGCUGUGCGACCCUCCCCACCGGCUGAUGGUCGUCAUGGUUGCGGGAUUCUUCUGGGUUGCCGGGGAGCUGCUGCUGCCGGGCUUGGCGGUGCUGUGUCGGCAAUGGCGGCUGCUGCAGGGAGCCCUGACGCUGACACUGGCCCUGCUGGCCACCUGCUGGGGCUGCCCGUCGCUGUUCCCAGAGUCGCCCCGCUGGCUGCUGGCCACGCGGCAGCUGGAGAAGGGCAGGAAGGGUCUGCGGGCCCUUGCGGAGGGCAAUGGUGUGAGCCUGGAGGACGAAUUCUACAGCCAGGAGCACCUGUUAGCAGAGCUGGAGUCUGAGGGGGCCCCGCUGCCACACUACCACACACUCUGCGAGGUCUUCAGCACCCGAGUCAUCUGGAAAAACAGCCUCAUCCUCGGCUUCACAGCGUUCAUUGGCAGCGGGAUCCAGCACUGCUUCACACGCAACCUGGCGCCCUACCUCCCCCAGUUCCACUUCUCCUACUUCCUGCUGGCGACGCUGGAGGCGGUGGCCUGCCUCUUCCUGUGCGUCACCGUCAACCGUGUCGGGCGCCGCCCUAUCCUGCUGCUCUGCACCAUCCUGACUGGCAUCGCCUCGCUGCUGCUGCUGGCCCUGACACAGUAUCUGCUGGACUGGAUCAUCCUGAUCCUCUCUGUCCUGGGCAUCGCAUACUCACAAGCCGUCACCAUGCUCAGUAUCUUCUUUGCCAGCGAGGUCCUUCCCACUGUGGUCAGGGGCGGAGGGUUGGGCCUCAUCAUGGCCGCUAGCUUCGUGGGCAAAGCGGCCGGGCCCAUCAUGGACAUCCAGAACAACCGGGGCUUCUUUCUGCACCAUGUGGUCUUCGCCUCCUUCGCCAUCCUCUCCGUGCUCAGCAUCAUGCUGCUGCCCGAGAGCAAGGGCAGGGGCCUGCCCGAGUCGCUGCAGGACGGUGAGAGUCAGCGCCGGCCCCCGCUCUUCCGCUCCUCCCGCCACAGGGACCAGCUGCCUCUGCUCUCACCCCGCAGUGCUGGCCACGCCGCCGAGGCCCAGGACUACGCCCGCCUCGUCACUGCCACCAAGAAGAUGCUGAGCUCCCACCGGCACACACCCCUGCGGGACAGGCAGCUGCUGCUGGAGCCUACCCCAGGUGGUGACCCCCAGCAGGAGAUUUAGCUGGGCUGGGCUGUCUGUGGGGACUGUGCUCUGCAGGCAGGGGGACAGCACCCAGUGUUAACUGCCCUGGGCUGCGGGUGUUUCCUGCCCCCAGCAGGCUGUGUCACUUUGUGUGGGGUACCUCCUAGGGCCAAUCACACCGGCACAGCCUGCCCGACUGUCUCUGGGCAGCAGCUCCCUUCUCACCUGGAGGGCCUGGCGUGACUGUUAGUGUGCCAUGCGCAGUCUCCUGCCUCUGCCUCACUGGGGUGUUUGGGGGCUCCCACAACCCCUGCUGCAUACCAGCCCUGUGGGGAGUGGGGCCUGGGAGAGAGUGUCCCCCACCCCCUCCUAAGGAGCCUGGCUGGGAAGGGGGUGCCCCUGUCUCAGGGAACACCAGUCCCUGUGCCCCCUGGCCAGGUGAGCAGCUCACCAAUAAAAUGUGCCUUAUUUCUA